AGGUUGUAUUUGGCACACUGUGGCUGUUUUUGUCGUCCGCUCAGGUCCCGCUGGUGAAUUAACCUUCGAGUGCACAUGACAAACUGCAGGAAAAGGAAGGAAGUCUACGCAGCUUGAGAACUUUUAAACUUUGGACUCGAGUAUGUCUGCACCUGCGUCAGGCAGAAAGACCCCAGUGGACUACGGGGUUCAGAUCCGCUUCAUAAAGGACCUGCACGACACUGGAGGGGGUCACGGAGGCCAGUCUCGCCGAGAAGGCUCCGGGAAGUCCUCAUCCCGAUAUGGUGUGGCUGUUAGAGUGCAGGGCAUUGCAGGCCAGCCCUAUGUGGUACUGAAAGAAGGAGAGAAAGGAGAUUCAUACGGAGUGCAGCUCCGAACACAGCCACACAACGCUCCUCCGCCUUACAACAGUUUACCCAGGAGAAGAGAUGAUGGGUCAGCACAGGGUCAGUACUUCGCCACCCCAGAUGGCAGUCCCUUGCGUCGGGCUCAGUCCCAUGGCUCUCUGCUGGACCGAGAGGAUGGUGACAACUUUGACCGUGACAUUAGACGCCCUCCGGGUGAUGGACGCUCUGGCAGCUAUGGCAAUCUGGAUGCGGGCAUUGGCGUGGGUUCAGAAAGGGAACGGACAAGAGGAGGAAUGCAGCGGAAUCAGUGGGGAGGUUCCCACCAAAUGGGACUCAAUGGCUCAGUGGAGAGGGAAACCCUGAGAGGGGGGAGCGGUCACUACUCCAGCCGAUCAGGCCCUAAUUCAAACCAAACACCAUUCAAUAGACCAAUCAUGAGCUCUUCAGGCCAAGCUGGUAGUGUUGGAGGCUCCUCUAGGGGGAGCUCUCCUGCUCUGGAUGCAGGAACCAGGCCAAAUACCGCCUCGUCCACCCUCUCUUCCACUCCGUCCGUGGCUCUAAACACCUACUCUUCUCCCCCCUCCUCCUCACCCGCUUCAGCUUACAGCAGCCUGGGCCGGACCUCUGGAUCCAUCGCCAAGGUUGCAGCCGUCCCAUCCUCUGCCGUAGCGAAUGACUGGUCAUCAGUGGAUGCACACGUCACUCCUGAUCUUCUGAUGGACCAGGGUCAGAGCUCGGGGUCAGAGUUCACAAGUGAGGAGGAUCAGAUCCAGCAGAUGAUUUACAGUGUUCUACGAAAGGGGAGCAGUGAGAGCGAUGCUGCCAUUAAACGGAGAGCUCGCAUCAUCUGUGAUAAGAUCCAGGCGCUCAAGGUAAACAGACCAGACUCGACUCUUAAAACACAGCUUGAACAGAGUCUGGAUGAAAAUGUGCAUCUCCAGGAACAACUGAACCGGAAGAAGACUGAACUUGAUCAAACGCACACUGAGCUGACUCAGCUGCGAAUGGACAGAGAGAACGCUGAAUCUCGGGUCAGACAGCUGGAGGAUCAGCUGGCGGGGCUGCAGGAAGAGCUCAGGAGAGAGACGCACAACAGAGCACAGAAUGACUCUAUAGAAGCGGAGUUGCUGGCCCUGCGUACUGAGCUGGCCGAAGCUGCAGCGCUGCAUCAGAAGCAGGACGACACUCUGAGACAGAGGGAGCGAGAGCUGACCGCUCUGAAAGGCGCACUGAAGGACGAGGUGUCCACCCAUGACAGAGAGAUGGAAACUCUCAGAGAGCAAUACAGCCAGGACAUGGAGAAACUGAGAGCCAGCAUGGAGCAGGUGUCACAGUCGCAGGCAAGUAUAGAAGCAGAGCGUCAGCGCGUGAACUCUACAGUGCGUUCACUACAGCAGCAGCUGGAGGAGUGCAAAGAGGAAGGAGACCACUGGAGAGGGCAGUUUCAGAGCACCAGAGAGGAUCUCCGUAACACCAAACAGGAGCUUCUGCAGGCUCGACUAGAAAAAGAAGAGUUCGAAGAGGAGCUGAAGGAGCUCCAGGAGAAACUGAACUCGAUGAAACACCAGAUCCCCGACGUCAAACAAAGUCAAACGCUCAACCAGGAGCUGGAGCGUUGCCGUGCCAACCUGAAGCAAGCCCAAGCUGAAGUGAACAAACUAAAGGGGGAUCUAGACAAGAAAACAAUGGAGAUUAUUUCAUUAAAGAGGACCAAUCAGGAGCUGGAUGCAGAGCAGAAAUAUGAGAUUGAUAGGUUAAAGGACCAAAAGCGGAAAGACAGAGAGGAGCUGGCGAAAGUACAUGAGAAGGCCAAGCAGCUGGCUGAUCCUGCACUGGUGGAGUCUUUGCGUGGGGAACUGAAUGCUGUGCUUGGGGAAGCAGAAAAGCUCCGUAAACAGCUGCUGUCGGCAGACAAGGAGCUGCAGAGCGAGAGAGACAGAGUGAACUCCUCACAAACACACAUACAUACUCUCACGCAAGAACACAAGGAGCUGGAGGAGAACAACACACGCCUGAAGGAGAAAAUAACGCGUCUGGAGUCGCAGCUGCAGGAGCGGGUGAGUCAGAGUCUGGAAGCAGAGCAAGAGCUGCAGGAGGAGAGCAGGAGGCUGAGGCAGCAGCUGGACGAGGCCAAACGCCUUAACGGCAAACUCGGCCAGGAAAGAGACGAGCUGACCCGUGUCCUGGACGAGAGAGACAAAGACAGGGAAACGCUCCGCAAGGAAAACUCGCAGCUGGACGAACAGAAGAGGCAACACGAGAAGACAGUCGACAAACUCAACAGAGAGAUCGAGCGAUUGUCUGCUGAUUCGAGUCAGUCCGUGCAGCUGCUGCAGUCUCAGCUGGACGAGCAGAAAGAGAAGUGGAGGAAAGAGCAGCAGGACAUACAGAAAAGCCACAAAGACAAAAUCAGUGAGCUGGAGAAAGUCAACGUCACCCUCCGCUCUCUCCAAGAGGAGCUGUCUCGGCAGAAGAAAGAGCUGCUGUCAUGCUGUGAGGAGAGGGAUAAUGCGGUUCUAGAUAAAGAGCUGCUCACUAACCGUCUCAGACACCUGGAAGGCGAGCUGGAGAGCCAGCGGAGCUCCUACAACGAGCGUUCCCGUGAAAUCCGCAGCAUGGAGGAUAAAGUGAAGCAUCUAGAGCUGGAGCUGGAUGAGGAGAAGAACAGCGUGGAGCUGCUGACAGACAGAAUAACCAGGAGCCGAGAUCAGAUUGAGCAGCUGCGGUCCGAGCUAAUGCAAGAACGAUCUUCCAAGCAAGACCUAGAGCUGGACAAAAAUGCCCUCGAGAGACAGCUGAAGGAGUAUAAAUCUCGUGUAGCAGAGAUGGAGGGGCAGUCUCGUAGUUCGGCUGGUGUUUCUCAGCUGGAGAGCAGACUGCAGGAGAUGGAGGAACGGCUAAGAGCUGAGGAGAGAGAGAAGAACUCUGCACUGUCCUCUCAGCGUCGUGUGGAAAGAAAAUUGAAAGAGUUGACCAUCACUUUGGAUGAAGAGAGACAGCAACAGACUGAGCAGAGAGACCAGCUGGCUCUACGUGUGAAGGCUUUGAAGAGGCAAGUGGACGAGAGCGAAGGAGAAGUGGAGAGGUUGGAUGGCUUACGGAGGAAAGCAAUUAGAGACAUGGAGGAACAAAUGGAGCAGAAAGAGGCUCUCCAGUCUCGAGUUACAGCGCUGGAGAAUGAAGUCAAGAGGAAGAUCCAGCAGGCCCGACACAUUUCAAUGGACUCUUCAGCUCUCAGCUCAGAUGAUGACGAUGAUGAUGGCCUGUACGACCCUUCGAGCAUCACCUCCAUCCUCACAGAGAGCAAUCUACAGACCAGCUCCUGCUAGGAAGUGCACUGAGGAAGACCGGUUGAUGGAUACUGAGAGUGUUAAGGAAUAACUGUUGAAACCAUAAGACAGAAGUUACUCUACAGUAGUGGGAGUGGAUUAGGGGAUCUUCAUGAAAGCGUGAUGCAACAGAUGUUGAAAUAAUCCCCAUUAAAGCAAAACAGAAUUCAGUUCAUACUUUUGGAUCUGCAGGUUUGAACUUGUGAUACAAAGCUAAUGUUUAUAUGCUUGUCUGUUAUUCCUCUUUGAGUAACAAGCUAAUAUUGGAUUAAUUUGAUGCCCAAGUCUCAACGUUUGCACUUACUCCACACCUAGAACUGCAGUGCUAUGGUUGUGACACAGUUGAAUAGCUGUAUUGAGCACAGUUAUAAUCUUAACCGACCUUUAUUAAACGUAUUUCACAAAA